AUGAUUUUCAGUGCGUUGCGAAAACUGAAAUCACAUCCUACUUUUCACGCAAUUCUUCGACGCACUUACUGUGACCAUAGAACAUUUCCAUUACAACCAUCACGAUUCCAAUGGAUAAAAUUCAAGGAUCUCAUGUAUUUCUACAUUGGGAUAGGGGUCAUUCCAUUGACUAUCAUAACCUUUGUGACUAACGUCUUCGUGGGCCCGGCGACCUUAAGUGAUAUUCCCGAAGAUUACACCCCGAAAUAUUGGGAAUACUACAGGAAUCCAAUUACAAGAGUCAUAGCCAGAUACAUCUUGAGCGACCCCCAGCAGGAGUACGAGAAGUAUCUACAUUGUAUGUUUGAGGAAAGCGAAAGAGCGGCUCUGUUGAAAAUCGAGGAAAUGAUUAAGAACAGGAUGGAGAAGAAAUGCGACUAUCAAGCCUACUACUAUCGGCAGGUACUAGCAAAGUAUUACAGGAUUCAGAGGUACAACGCCGAACAUUUGAAAGAAACCCGAGGGGAUUGA